AUGCUCAGAGCACUUUUUCUGGUUGUCAUCUUUUCGUUGUGCGAAGGUGAUGUUGUUUUACAAUGCAACGUAAAAUAUGGUCGUGAAUUUUGCGAUAGGCUUGGAGCGGCAUGUUCUCAAUUAACUGGAACUGCUAUCCCACAGGUGACUAUGGGUAGCAGCUACGAACUACCACAACCUAUUGUGAAUUGCAUCGCUUCAGAGAAUUACGUUGCGAUGUGUUACGCUCGAUACGGUAAUUCGCAGUGCUUAGUGUGGUUCAAUGCAUGCAGACAAAUCAGCUCAUCGGAUAUUUAUGAGUUAACUGCAUCCGAGAGAGAAUGUGUUACAAGCCAAAAGACGGAUGUAAUGACACUGUGUAUAAACAGAUACGGCACGGAUGCUUGCAAUAACAUGGUCGUAUCUUGCUACACACUCACUAAUAUACCUAACCCUGAAAAUGGUACCAAACGACAGUUACCAGAAAUUAUUAUCAACUGCAUGUUUUCCGAGAUUUACAAUCCCAGCGUAAUUUGGCAGUGCAUUCAAAAAUAUGGUAGCAAAUCGUGUAAAGUAGUGAUUGAAAAGUGUUAUACGUCAACAGGUUCAAGUCUGUCUAAGAAAACACCUUGGAUAUUAGCACCAUCUUUAUCUGGGUGCAUAACAACAGGAAUGAUGAACAUUAAUGUAAACUCGAAUGUUGGAAUAAUGUCGCAGUGUAUAACGACAUACGGCAAUGAUUUUUGCAAUCAAAUGCUGUCAUCUUGUUCUGUGCUGACCAACGUGCCAUUUGCGACGGUUGGCGUUGGUGGACAGCAGCAGAUUCCAACGAUCCUGAGCAGCUGUAUGGCAUCGGAAAUGGCAAACCCGAGUAUAAUGUGGCAGUGUGUUCAGAGAUUUGGUGUCACAACUUGCAAAACUCUGUUGGGAUCAUGUUUCACAUCGACUGGAGCUACUCUUUCACCGCAGACCCCUUGGGUGAUACCGUCCACGAUCCUUACUUGCAUUACUUCAGGUAUGAACAAUCAAAAUACCGGAGUAAUCAAUCCAGUUGUCCCGGUCAAUCCAGGUGUCCCCGUUAAUCCAGUUGUCCAGAUCAAUCAAGUUGUCCCAGUCAAUCCAGUUGUCCCGGUUAUUCCGAUCAAUCCGGGUGGUCCAUCGAAUACUGUAGACGUCAUGUCGCAAUGUACACAAAAAUACGGAGUUAAUUUUUGCAACAAUUUGGGUGCUUCGUGCUCAUCGUUGACAAAUGUGGCUUUUGUUGUGCCCGGAUUCGGAGGGCAACAGCUAUCACCAAUGAUCAGAUCGUGCAUUUCUUAUGAAAUGAUAAGUCCAAGCGUAAUGUCACAAUGUGUCGCGAAAUACGGAAGCCAAUUCUGUAAGAAUCUUCUUGCAAAUUGCUUGUCUUCUACGGGUGCAACACUACCGAUGCAAUCACCAUGGCAGAUACCGCCGGUUGUUUCUUCAUGCAUAACCUCAGGAAUGGCGAAAGGAACUGACCAUAAUAAAAAAGACGUGAUGGCAACUUGCAUACAAAGAUAUGGUGCAGACUUUUGUAAGAACAUGGUGGGAUCAUGCGCUGCAUUGACUGAUGUGACUCUUACAUCUUAUGGAAUUGGUUCAGUACUACCACAAGUUAUUGUCGACUGCAUGACCUCGGAAAUGUCUAGUCCGAGCAUAAUGUGGCAAUGUGUGCAGAAGUAUGGUACUGAAUUUUGCAAGAAACUGCUGCAAGAUUGUUCUGCUUCUACGGGUGCAUCCUUAUCUCCCCAAGCACCUUGGCUCAUACCAAGUGUGAUCGCUGAAUGUAUGGCCAAAGGUAUGGUCAAUGGAGGACGGCAAGCUGAUGACACAAUGGCAAUUUGCAUCCAAAAAUACGGCAUCAAAUUUUGCAACAUCAUAGGAGCGGCGUGCUCAGUGUUAACGCAAGUGCCAUUCUUCCCACAACUGCCUGGCACAGUGCAGCAAUUACCAUCAGAACUUCGUGCAUGCGUGCGAUCGGAGACCCAAAAACCAAACGUGAUGACCAAAUGCGUGGAGAAAUAUGGCACGGAAUUUUGUAGUAGCCUGUUGCAAAGUUGUUCUGCAUCAACCGGUGCAAUAUUACCUCUGCGAGAACCGUGGAAGAUACCGCACCCGAUUGCAGACUGUAUGUAUGCAGGUAUGAAUCCAGAAUCUAAAGAAGACCGUGGAGGUAUAAUGUCGAAAUGCAUCAGACGUUAUGGUUUUGAUUUCUGCAAGAAGAUGUUGGAAUCCUGUUCGGCAUUAACUAGUGUACAGUAUGACUCACGAAACACUAACUACGCAUCACUUCCACAAGUAUUGAAGGAUUGUAUGGCAUCAGAAAUGGAUAGUCCGAGCGUAAUGUUCGAAUGCGUGCAAAGAUAUGGUACACCAUUUUGCAAGGGCCUCUUGGAAACAUGCACUGAGAAAACACGGGCAUCCCUCUCACCACAGGCGCCGUGGUUGAUACCAACUGCAAUUGCACAAUGCAUGCGUCAAGGAAUGAACCAAGGAGAUGAAAAGAAGACAUUGAUGUCGUUGUGUGUAAGAAGAUAUGGCGCUGAUUACUGCAACAAUCUGGCAGCAGCUUGUUCUGUUCUUACCAAUUUACCGUUCUUCCCACAGACACCUCCAUCUGAACAAAAUCUACCACCAAUGAUGCACAAAUGCUUAAAGUCGGAAAUGGAAAAUCCUGGUAUUAUGUCCACAUGUGUUCAAAGAUAUGGUACUCAGUUUUGCAAGAACUUACUGAACUCGUGCACAGCGUCAACCGGUAGGCAUCUUCCGUACGAUGCACCUUGGAAAAUACCCGAGCCAAUCGCUGCUUGCAUGGCCCAAGGAAUGAAUGGUGGUGACCACAAACCUAAGGAGGAUGCGAUGGCGAGAUGCAUACGUAAAUAUGGUGUCACUUACUGCAACAACAUGCUAGCAUCUUGUUCUGUAUUGACCAAUGUAAAUUAUGACCCUAGUGGCGGUCAAAUGCCGGGAAUAUUAUCGGAAUGCGUGACUGCAGGCAAGAAUUUGCGAAAACUCAUUCAAACCUCCAUUGACUGGUUCGGUUUGCGGUCUGUUUCAGAAACGGAUGAACCGAGUGCAAUGUGCCAAUGCGUUCAAAAGUACGGUACUGAAUUCUGCAAGAAACGCCUUGCAUCGUGUAUUGCUUCUACGGGUAUGAAUCUUCCCGCCACUACACCAUGGAAACUGCCUCCACCUGUGGCUCGCUGCAUGCAGCACGGGUCACCUAAUGACAACCGCGGACAGGGACAGGGUUCAAAUGACGUAAUGUCUCAAUGUAUUGCUAGAUACGGAGCCGAAUUUUGUCAACGGUUAGCGAGAUUCUGUUAUGCAAUGAACAGUUUACAAUAUCCAGGAGAGACUUUUGAUCCACAGCAACAGACUCCAACACAAGUAGCAAGAUGCAUGAAGUCAGAAAUGGAUAGUCCGUCCGUAAUGUGGCACUGUGUGCAGAAAUAUGGUCAAGAAUUUUGUAACAAGUUAGCUGCCACCUGUUCGACAGAAACGAACACACCUCUUCCGCAACAGGAUCCUUGGCGAUUACCGCAACCAAUAAUCGCCUGCAUGUUAGGAAAAAUGAAUAAUCCUAAUCCAACAUCCAAACCUCAGAGUGUAAUGUCACAGUGCACAGCCAGAUAUGGUGAUGAUUUCUGCUUGAGUCUCGGAAAAGCUUGUGCUGAACUCAACAAUGUACCAUCCUCCAUGAUAAGUCUUUCUGCACAGCAAUUACCCCAACCAGUUUCCAGUUGUAUGAAAGCGGAGAUGAAUAAUCCAAGUGCAAUGUGGCUUUGCAUCCAGAAAUAUGGCAUUGAAUUCUGCAAUAGACUAGCGUCGGCUUGUGCGAUGAUCAAGAAGGUUACUAUGCCCACAGUGACCAUAAAUCUACCGGAAAUAAUAGCAAGCUGCGUCGCUUCAGAGAAUUCGCAGGCAAUGUGCUACGCCCGUAAAGGACCUGAACAAUGUAAAACAGAAGAAAACAUCUGUCGGAAUCCGAACAAUCCUCCAGGGAGCCCGUUGACUAUUCCGGAGACGGAGUGCAUGAAGAGUCAGGUUGCAAUGGCCACAUGCCAGAAGAAAUUCGGAUCAGAGUGUGUUGCGCUUCAACAAGAAUGUGUUGCUGGAACUGGAGCGCCUCCUGUUACGAUUGGUGCGAGAGGAGCGUUCAUGUUGGCCACAGCACUUCGUUCAUGAGGCGUUAUUGGUAGUUGUGUUCUGUAUCACCCACCAUCUCAAUGUGACCAGUGGGUCCAGCAAUGUGCCACUGCACUGCAAACAUCAGCUGGUGUAACUGUUGCGGGCGGUUAUCGCCAGCUAUCUCCCCCGAUGGCAAUAUGUGUCGCAUCACAGGAUUUGAUGACAAGAUGCAUGACGAGAUUGGGCCAAGGAACUUGUCAACAGGCAGUCAAAAACUGCAAGCGAAGAUUCAACACACCUUCUUCAAGACUUCCGGGAAGGUUGUGGUCGCUGUCGUCAGAACUAAUCAAUUGCUUAUAUCGUCCUGUGAACAGAGCUAGCAACUAACUCCCCAGCAGUAAUUGCAUCCCAAUAAUUUCAUGUUCUAUCCAUCUAUCUGUUUGCCACUCUUUCGUUCAUAAUUAAAUGAAAUAUGGUUUGAGCUGAGUGAAGGUGGCUGCUGAUUCAAGCUACCUCAACAGCUCACAAAAUAUUCGUAAUUUUCUCAAGUAUUAAACUGAUAUGCUUAUUUGUUGAAUUGCACUUCCUUCGCCGAAUUGAACACCUAAUUCAUGAAUAAAUCGUUG